UCAUUACUGGAUUGAAGAAUACGUUUCCGAUUAUUCCUGAAAAAUACAUUCAGUGCGCAUGCCCGAUGAAGUGACGCAUAAAACGCGCCGAAUCCUACCACGUGCAGCGAAUUAGCUGUUUUCUCGAUUUUUGAAAGAACACUGAAACAAGAUAAUAUAACCUAAUUUUAUAACCUAUUCUAUAGUUAUCAUUAGUUUUACUUCGGUGAGGUGUUUUGAUUCUGGAUAUAUAAUAACUGUUUAUGUUUCUGACAUUAUAUCACAUUCUCGAAUUGAACCAUAUUCUGAGAUGUCCGAGAUACUUGAAUCCUUGGAACAUUUGUCUGUGAAACACACCGACGACACUUCAAUUAAUGGAUCAAAUCGCCGGGAAGACGAUGCAGGAAAUGUGCAAGACAAGUUUGAUUUCGUACUUGCUGCAGAAGAGGCAGUAUCUUUGGAUAAGAACUACAUCCUCCAGGUUUGCGCCACAAGCGGUCCAGAAUUCAAGAUAGGAACUGCGCUUUCCGAUUAUUCCUGCAAUGUUUAUGCAGUGGGUGAAACGUUAAGUAAUAUUGCGACACUUGAUGACAAUAAAGCCUCAAUAAUUGGCAUCAGGUUUAGUCCCAUGCAUCACAAUUUGUUGUAUUGCGCCUCCAGUAAUGGAUCUAUUAUGCUGUAUGAUUUACGCUCCAAAGGAAGAAUGGUGACGCACUUUAAAGCCGAUGAACGGGAAGAUAAUGGAAAGAUAAAAAGUCUUGCAAGUUUUGACAUAUGCCAAGAUGAACGAGUCAUGGCUGGAGGCACAGAGUUAGUUGAGGGUGACGUGUUCAUAUUGUUCUGGGACACUAGAUAUCCCACAAGUAAAACACAAGGAAAAAAAACUUUGCUUGGUGGAUAUUGGCAGUCUCAUACAGAUGAUAUAACCACCCUUGCAUUUCAUCCUAGCAGAAGAGAUUUACUAGCCUCCGGUAGUACUGAUGGUCUUAUCAACAUUUUUGACUUAACGCAACCUAAUGAAGACAUGGCACUCACACAUUCCCUUAAUACCGAAUCAUCUGUGGACAGACUAGGGUGGCUGGGUGAAGAAAAACUGUGGUGUGGAACGCACACCAAUGCCCUUCAACUUUGGGACUGCGAAGGUGCUGCUCCUUAUGCAAAAUUUGAGCGAGAAGAACUAGCAACUUGUCAGAGUGAAGAUCCGGAAAAUUGUUACAUUGUGAGAAUGCACAGCGAGUCUCUGACAGGCAAUAAUUUUCUGCUAGCUGGUUGCAGUUCUACUAAACGAGAGAGCUUAAGAUGUCUUACGGUCGGAGAGAAUAAAUUAAAAACGUGCUGCAUGAUGUCAGAGAAUAAACAAAUCGUUCGAGACAGCUGGUUCGAUGAAAAGAACAAUUACUUAGUGACCGGUGGUGAAAGUGGUAUCGUUAGCAUCUGGAAAAAAGAGGAAUCUGCGUCGUCUCGAUCAAAUUCCAAUAAUCGAUUGCAACCCAAAAUAAACAAAUUUAAAGGACGAGACAAGCCUCAUAAGGCAAAACCGUACUGAAGUUAUAUAUCUCAUAAUCCUUGAUAAAAUUUAAAUUGUGCACAAUGGCAUUAGAAGUGAAUCAUUCUCUGAGCAUGUAAGUUUUAAAUGGAUUUUGUAUUGAAUAUUGAAUGAAUAAAUAUAGUUUUUCACACAACUAUUAUUGUCUUUUGAUGUAGUAACUGCAUCCUGCAGUUCUACACAGACAGAACAGUCUUAUAACAUGGAGGAACCAAAAGAAAGAAGUUUUAACUGACGGACAAAUCGUUUGUAUAUUAUGCUUAUUAUUAUUUAUUAUCCUCACGUUCUCCUUUAUUACAAUAACAAUUGUAUGUACAUUUACAAUAAAUAGGUAUGAUUUCCCUAGUUGGCUGUUUAUUCGAUGAUGAAUGAUUCGAUAACGUAGCAUAGUAAGUUAAUUAGUAACUACAGUAAGAAAUGCAAAUGAGUUAAGGCGUAUGAGACGACAGAAUGGGGAAGUCAACCAACCAAUUUCAUUUAGUGAACGGUAUGGCUUCACAAGUUAUUGGUAGCAUAGGCUCGAUUCUAGUCUUACAAGUCGGAGUAUCGCAGUAAACAGUAAACAGGUAAAACUCAGUACUCCAAAUAGCAGUCAAAAUGGUUACAACAUGUACCCGCUUUGUAUUACUGAAAGCUCAAGUUUGGAAACAGAGUUUCCUCGCUAUGCAACACAUGCGGUCUUCAAUAAUGUUGCUUGCUUGAUCUGUAAUCAUUUUGGUAUUCAGCACUUCUUCCUAAGUUACAUAAUAUGUAUACUCUCCGGUAUCUUCAAUACUGAAUUACCUUACUAGCCACUAUUAUUUUAUUUAUUUAUACAUAAUUCAACAAGGAUAAA